AGGCCAGUGUCACUCCGAGUGCCCAGACUUCCCAAAACUUCUGACUCGGAGUCACAGCUUUCGCUCCACCUCCCUCCCCACGUCCGUCGCCCAUUCAAGCCGAGCUAGUAGCUCAUCCCACCCCGUCUCACCGCACUCCAACCCACCCCACCGCUCAUCCCACCCCGCCUCAGUCCCGCAUUUUCCCCUCGCCAUGGCCGUCAAGGCGCGCGAGCCGCGCGGCACGAGGCUCAUGCGCCUCUGCGUCGCGGUCCUCUUUAUCGCCACGUCAACGGGGUCAACGAUCGACCUGGCCCUGGAAGCCAAGUCAACGAGCGGCGCGGCGAGCGGGUGGUUCUCCGUGGCGUGGACCAACGGGGGCAUGUUUAACUCGGACGCCGUCAUCGGGAACAUAGCGACGGGGACCAGCGUCGGCACGUACGCGAUAUCUAGCUACUCGAGCGUGGUUACCACGUCGCGGUUCGCUAUAACCGCCGCGAGUGUUACAAGGUCGGGCGGGAGCACGAUCGCGAAGUUCACGCGAUCGACGGGCGACGGGACCGUGGCGGUGAACGUGGCGGGGAGCAACAAGCUCGUGUGGGCCUUCUCGUCUGGCGGCUCCAAGACCGUCGCCAACCACGGCGGCAGCCACAGCGUGCUGCUGCAUUGGAAGAAGGUGUCGGCCACGCAGUUGGACAUGGCUGUCGAGCUCAAGACCAGCAGCGGCGCCAGCAACGGGUGGUUCGCGCUCGGCUGGGCCAACGGGGGCUCCAUGGCUCCCUCCGACGCAGUCAUCGGCAACAGGGCGGGCGGGAUUGUGAGCCCAUACCGAAUCACAGGCUACACUAUGAAUUCGUUACAGGGCGCCUCGUUUAGCAUUGGCAGUGGUGCGGGGACUGUGAAGUCCGCUACUGGCUCCACCACAGUAAUCCAGUUCUCGCGCACAACUGGCACGGGGUCCAUUCCCAUCAAGAUGAGUGGCGUCAGCCAUCUCAUCUGGGCUCACUCCAACUCCAACUCCAAGACCCUUGCGUUCCACAGCGGUGCAGAUGGUCGCAUGUCUGUGGACUUCUCUUGUGCCAUGUCCCCGUCGUCCGUGGACGAUGGGGGGUACGAUCAUGACGGUGAUGACCAUCAUGGGGGGGACGAUCAUUAUGGCGACGGUGAUGACUGGCAGCGGGGUGGUGGUUCAGGUUCGGGUUCCAGUGGGGCUUUCCUCUCGCAGCUCAUCUCUUGGCUCGGCUUGCUCUUUGGCUUCCGCAAGUAGAGGGUGUCAAACAUGUGUAUUUGUCAU